AUGCGGUCAUCUUCUCUUUUCAUUGCCUUGUCGGCCGUUGCUGGAGCCGUUGCAAGCUUUGGCGAGCUCCCGGCUGGCGUCCCCAGGAACGUUGACGAGUUCCGUGCCAAACACCCUUACAAGCGGUCAACAGGCUGCGGUGGCAAGAGACGAAUUGUCACCAUCAGGGACUCGAAGAACGAGACAGAUGAUGUCGCUGACGAGUUUCUCGAGGGACUGCAAAAGGCAAACCACGGUGGCACCCUGUACCUGCCUAAGGACAAGCUGUACAUCAUCGGCAAGCCGCUUGACUUGACCUUCCUGGACGACGUUCAGGUCCACUGGGACGGCGAGGUCAAGUUCACCAACGACACCCCCUACUGGCAGGCGAACGCCUUUGCACACCCGUUCCAGAACUCGCUCAUGUUCUGGAAAUGGGGAGGCAAGGACAUCAAGAUCCACGGUGAGGGCAUCCUGAACGGCAACGGCCAGCGCUGGUGGAACGAGUUUGCCGGUCUCGAGAUCUUGGACCCAGACAAUGAAUACCUGCGACCCAUCCUGUUCUACGCUGAGAACGCGACCAACUUCCAGAUGGAGGGUAUUCACGAGAAGGACUCGCCUUGCUGGACCAACUUCGUCGUCACCUCCCAGGGUGUCUCGUUCAAGAACGUCAUCGUCACCGCCGAGUCGAACAAUGCCUCUUCGCUGCCCAAGAACACGGACUUUUUCGACUCUCUGAACGUCGUGGACUUGACAGUCGAGAAGGUCUGGGUCAACAUUGGCGAUGACUGCUUUUCGCCCAAGUCCAAUGCCACUAACGUCCACGUCGACACCAUGUAUUGCAACGGUACCCACGGCCAGUCAAUGGGUUCCGUCGGUCAGUACAAGGGAGAGUACAGCUACAUCCAGGAUGUUGUAAUUGAAAACGUGUGGUUGCUUAACGGCCAGCACGGUGCUCGCAUAAAGACCUGGGCUGGUCCGGAUGUUGGCUACGGAUUCGUUGACAACGUUACCUUCAGGAACUUCUGGCAGGCGAACAACGAGUACUCGGCCUUCCUUGACUCUUGCUACUUCAACAUCAACGCCAGCACUUGCGCUGCCUACCCCAGCCAGAUGAACAUCACCAACGUCCUCUUCGAGAACUUCUCGGGCUACACGUCGGGCAAGUACGGCACAGCUGUCGCCAAGCUGACGUGCUCGAGCAACCCCAACGCCGUGUGCGACAACAUCCAGUUCCGCAACUUCAACGUCACCUCGCCCUGCGGCGAUGCCGUCAUUCUGUGCGAUGGUAUCAAGGGCGGGCUUGGUACCGACUGUGUUGCCUCCAACUCGACCGAGGGCAUUGCUGCCCUGAAAUCUACUUGCACUGUCCCUCAGGCGACUAGCACCGUUACUCCGUGGUAG